CUGUAGCGCAUCCAAGCUUCAAGCCUCACUGCGAGGUCCAGUCGUGUGCCAGUCAUCACGAGAGCUUGCUUCUGAGCCGCACCUCCGUCUUGCCUGCCGUGCCUUCUUCUGUCAGUAGUGUACAUCAGCAUGCGCUGAUCGUCAAAACUCUCCUCCUUUGUCACUCCUUCCUCACAUCGCUCCUCCAUUGCUUGUUUGCCGGACACCGAGGUCAAGAACGAGUACAGCCGGCUCGACAAAAGCAUCCCGCCUUUGCCAGCGUAGCCACCGGCGAAACAGGCCGUGUAGGGUUUUUCUUCGGUGCCAGCGAGAUCCUGCAGACAGACGGGAGGAAACCGUCUCCGAUCCUGAAAGCGUGGUGCGGCAGCACGUACACCUAAAGGUCGGCUAUACACCGACAAAACAACAUGGCGGCCAAGGCAGUAAUCCCCUUCCUUGUAGCCAUGAUGCUGCUCACGGGCGUAUGCAACACUCUUCUGACAAAGUACCAAGACAUGGUGUGCGUGCACAAUUGCGACGCGAAAGACCCCAAGAAGCGACAGUACUUCGAACAGCCCGUCAUCCAAACGCUACAGAUGUUCAUUGGGGAAAUGGGCUCCUGGCUCGUCGUCGGUAUCUUCGCGCUCGUGCGACGCUACAAGAAUUCGUCGUUUGGCAAGAGGAGGGCCGUCCACAAGCGUGCUAGACACCUCGUCUCGACCCCCGCUGUCGAGACGGACCCGCUGCUCGUCCCAGAUGAUAUGGACGAUGAGAUUGCAGGCGACGACGAGGACGAGGAGUCCGAUGACGGGGAAGACCCGCUAGCGGCGAGCAUGACGCUGAGCAUGGAGGGCAGGCGGCCGCUGACGGGAUGGAAAGUCACCUACCUCGCGCUGCCCGCUUGUUGCGACAUCACGGGCACGACACUCAUGAACGUGGGCUUGUUGUUCGUCGCUGCGAGCAUCUACCAGAUGACGCGGGGUGCGCUCGUGCUCUUCGUCGGCCUGUUCAGCGUGCUGUUCCUCCGUCGCCGCCUAGGGCUGUACAAGUGGUUCGCCCUGUUCGUCGUCGUUGCUGGCGUCGCGGUCGUGGGGCUGGCGGGCGCGCUCGAGAAGGAGAAGAAGUCGACGAGCGAGGUUUUGCUUGAGGCCGUGCGCAGCGCGUUGGCUGGCAAGACCAACGGCGGUGACGACGGCGUCGAAGCGUCGGCGGUGACGCUCGGCGUGCAGACGAUCCUCGGUGUGCUCCUCAUUGCGGCGGCGCAGAUCUUCACGGCUACCCAGUUUGUGCUCGAGGAGAGCAUCAUGGAGAAGUACGCCAUCGAGCCGCUCAAGGCCGUCGGCUGGGAGGGCGUGUGGGGUUUCUUGGUCACGCUGCUGGGCAUGGUGGUUCUGCACUUCUCCUACGGUGUCACGGACAAGGGCAAGGGUGGCUACUUUGACGCGCGUGAGGGCCUGUGGCAGAUGACGCAUUACAGAAGCAUCGCUGUGAGCAGCGUGCUCAUCAUGAUUAGCAUUGGCGGCUUCAACUUCUUUGGCCUCUCCGUGACGCGGUCGGUCUCCGCCACCAGCCGGAGCACAAUCGACACGUGCCGGACGUUGUUCAUAUGGAUCGUCAGCUUGGGCCUUGGCUGGGAGACCUUCAAGUGGCUGCAGGUCGUCGGCUUUGCACUCCUCGUGUACGGCACCUUCCUGUUCAACGACAUCGUCAGGCCACCAAUGAAGGCCUGCGUGAGCGCCGAACCGGACGACGACGACGACUGAGGACUCGACGCGUGAGGGAGGAUUGGAGAAGGGCGAUUCGACAUGAGCAUGUACAUACGUCUUUCCAUGUGUCUCUUUUCUUUGGCACGGGCGCAUCUGGUUGACGCUUCUUGGCAACUGUUGAGACGUACGCGCGAUGUCGCGUCUCAGUCUGCGCCCGUGGAUCUUGACUACUUGACAUGAACAUGCUAGGGCGGACGGGAACGACGUGAAAUCAUUAAUUGUGUCUGAAAGAACCUUAAUGUUCUCUAUCCGUCUG